UCCGCUUCCGGUGGCCGCGUUGCCGCGGUAACGAGUUACAGCAGACAGUUUGGCAAAGAUGGCGGGGCUGAGCAGCUCGCAGAUUCCGGAUGGGGAGUUCACGGCGGUCGUGUACCGGCUCAUCCGGGAUGCCCGGUAUGCCGAGGCCGUGCAGCUGCUGGGCGGAGAGCUGCAGCGCUGCCCCAAGAGCCGCGCCGGCCUCUCCCUGCUGGGCUACUGCUACUACCGCCUGCAGGAGUUCGCGCUGGCCGCCGAGUGCUAUGAGCAGCUCAGCCAGCUGCACCCAGAGCUCGAGCAGUACCGCCUGUACCAGGCCCAGGCCCUGUACAAGGCCUGCCUCUUCCCAGAGGCCACCCGGGUCGCCUUCCUCCUGCUGGACAACCCCACCUACCACAACCGGGUGCUCCGGCUGCAAGCUGCCAUCAAGUACAGCGAGGGCGACCUGCCUGGCGCCAGGAGCCUGGUGGAGCAGCUGCUCAGUGGUGAGGGUGGAGAAGACGGGGGCGGAGAGAAUGAUCCCGAUGGCCAGGUCAACCUGGGCUGUUUGCUCUACAAGGAGGGACAGUACGAAGCUGCGUCUUCCAAGUUCUUUGCUGCCCUGCAGGCCUCGGGCUAUCGGCCUGACCUUUCCUACAACCUGGCCUUGGCUUAUUACAGCAGCCGGCAGUAUGCCUCAGCCCUAAAACAUAUCGCCGACAUUAUUGAGCAUGGCAUCCGCCAGCACCCAGAGCUAGGUGUGGGCAUGACCACUGAGGGCAUUGAUGUCCGCAGUGUUGGAAACACGUUAGUCCUGCACCAGACUGCCCUGGUGGAAGCCUUCAACCUCAAGGCAGCCAUUGAAUACCAGCUGAGAAACUAUGAGGCUGCUCAGGAAGCCCUCACCGACAUGCCCCCCAGGUCAGAGGAGGAGUUAGACCCUGUGACCUUGCACAACCAGGCACUAAUGAACAUGGAUGCCAAGCCCACAGAAGGCUUUGAGAAGCUCCAGUUUUUGCUUCAACAGAACCCCUUCCCGCCAGAGACUUUCGGCAACCUGCUGCUGCUCUACUGUAAAUACGAGUAUUUUGACCUGGCUGCAGAUGUCCUGGCAGAAAAUGCCCAUCUGACCUACAAGUUCCUCACGCCCUAUCUCUUUGACUUUUUAGAUGCCAUGAUCACUUGCCAGACAGCUCCCGAUGAAGCCUUCGUUAAGCUAGACGGGCUGGCAGGGAUGCUGACAGAGCAGCUCCGCAAACUCACCAUACAAGUACAGGAAGCAAGACACAGCAGAGACGAUGAAGGGAUCAAAAAGGCAGUGAAUGAGUACGACGACACCUUGGAGAAGUACAUCCCCGUGCUGAUGGCUCAGGCAAAAAUCUACUGGAACCUUGAGAAUUACUCGAUGGUGGAGAAGAUCUUCCGCAAAUCUGUGGAGUUCUGUAACGACCACGACGUGUGGAAGCUGAAUGUCGCUCAUGUUCUGUUCAUGCAGGAAAACAAGUACAAAGAAGCCAUCGGGUUUUAUGAGCCCAUAGUCAAGAAGCAUUACGAUAACAUCCUCAAUGUCAGCGCUGUUGUAUUAGCGAACCUGUGUGUUUCCUACAUUAUGACAAGUCAAAAUGAGGAGGCUGAAGAGUUGAUGAGGAAGAUUGAGAAAGAGGAAGAGCAGCUCUCCUAUGAUGACCCAGAUAAGAAAACCUAUCAUCUGUGCAUUGUGAAUCUGGUGAUAGGAACACUGUAUUGUGCCAAAGGAAAUUACGAUUUUGGCAUUUCUCGAGUGAUCAAAAGCUUAGAACCUUAUAAUAAAAAACUGGGCACUGAUACCUGGUAUUAUGCUAAGAGAUGUUUCUUGUCUUUAUUAGAAAACAUGUCAAAACACACAAUCAUGCUACGCGACAGUGUCAUUCAAGAAUGUGUUCAGUUUCUAGAGAACUGUGAACUUUACGGUAGAAACAUACCUGCUGUUAUAGAACAACCCCUGGAAGAAGAAAGAAUGCAUAUUGGAAAGAACACAGUCACAUAUGAAUCCAGGCAGCUAAGAGCUUUGAUUUAUGAGAUCAUAGGCUGGAAUACUUAGUAAUGGAUAAUAAUGGCUUUUAUUAUGCUUCUGUUUUGUAAAUCUUGCACUAUAUUAUUUGUACUUAGCUUGUGGCAUCUUUAUAUUUGUUAUAUGUUGCAUUUUGUACUCAUUAGCAUUAUAACAAAAAUGUUAGAUAAAAGUUUGAGUUUUAAGUACAGAACACAUUGAAAUAUUGUACAAAUUUUUCUCCAGCUGGAGCUAUGAAAUAUUCAAAACUGAUAAAGAAUGUUGUUUCUGAUAGUACUUGUGAUUCUUACGGCCCCUCCUUUGUUUCCAUUUAUGCUUUCAUUCACUCAUCUUUUAAAGGGCCCUUGCACAAGGAUGACACCAGUUGGUAGUGGAUAUCACCAGGUCCAGAAAUCAGUAGUAAAUAAUGCAUAAGACUUUGGUGUUUAAUAAUUAUUUCAGGGAGUGUGUGUUCUAAACGAUCACCCUCAUUCAUAUGCUAAUUUUCAAUGCAUAUGCUUUAUAUGGGUUUACAAUAUUUGGUAGCAUUUCCAGUGCAAUAUAAUUCUUUAUGUCAUCAAGAUUCUUUAGGCUAUAAAUGAAUUUUUUAAUGUGCAGGAUUGAUUGGGAAAUUGUAUAUCCUUAACAAAGUUAUAAACAGAGAAAACAAUUAUCACAAAAACAUAAUUCCAUGGGUUUCUUUUGCUGCAUUUGUUAGUAAGUUUGAAUAUACAAGUAAGAAGUGCUAUUGGUGUUUUUCAUAAUUUGAUUUGCAUGUAUUUUUAAUAGUGACUAAUAACGCAGGCACUAAAAGCUGGUAUCUUAUGUUUUUCUGUAAUUUAGGGUAUGCUACAAUUGUUUCUGAAUUGUAAUCCAGUGGCUACAUUACUCUUACCCCACCUGAUAUUUUCCCUAUGCUAUAAUUAACAAAAAGGUCAUUAUCUCUUAGUCAAGAUUAGUUUCUGAACUGCAAUUUCAGUUUUUUGUUUGUUAUUUUUAUUUUUUCUGUUUACACUGGGAACCUCACUCAUUGUAGUCAGGCAUUUUGUUUUCUGCCAGAGCUUUAAUAUUUGUGUCUCUGCUCCUCACUCCUUUCACUUUGUGCAUGGAAUCCCAGCUUGAUCUCACUUAGAAAAAAUAAAAAAUACUGG